UUUGCUUACAUUCGGUGUUCUCUUUUUUCCAAUCGCCGAUCAUACCUGCCGCUGAAAUUGGUGCGUUGCACGACGUCCGUCUCGCCCAACAAGAGACGGAGAGACUCGGCCUCUGCUGUUCCUUAAGACCGCUUUGUUUUCAAUCACCAUCUCCAUUCCAAAAAGAAAAAAAGCUUAAUCUUGCAUACUACUUACGACCGUCCUCCACAAUGGCGCCCGACAAGAAGAUUGUGCUUAUCACAGGAGCCAAUAGCGGCAUCGGACUAGAAACCGUAGUCUGUCUGUCGCAGGCAUCGCCAGACUACCACAUUAUCCUCUGCGCCCGCACCGUAGACAAGGGAAACAAGGCACUGCAGGAGGUGAAGGCUUCCCAUGGCGACUCCCUGAAGAGCCCCAUCUCGGUGCUGCAGCUUGACGUCACGGACGCCCAGUCCAUCGAAGCUGCAAAGGAGCAUAUCGAGAAGGAGUUUGGCCGUCUGGACGUGCUGGUCAACAAUGCCGCCAUCCUCAUCAUCCCCAGUCAACAGCCCAUGGCCAAGAUCGAGCUCCUGCGGACGACCUUCGAGACCAACGUCUUCGGCCCCUGGCUCCUGACCGACGCGCUCGAGCCUCUUCUUCAGAAAUCGGCAAACCCCCUGGUCAUCAACGUCUCCUCCGACCAGGGCUCCAUCACGAGAAAGCUGGACCCUACCAACCCGGGCGCUGCCAUACCAGGUGAGCACUACCGUGCCAGCAAGUCUGCCCUGAAUAUGCUGGCCGCGUGUCAGAGAUACUCGUACAAGGAAUGGGGCUGCAAGGUCUGCGCCUUCAACCCUGGCUUCUGUGUAACCAACCUCACCGGAGAAAAAGGCCGGCAGACGCGGAUCGAGCAUGGCGCCAGGCCGGCCAGAGAUGCUGCUGAGGCACUAGUGGAUGUCAUCGCGGGAAAGAGGGACGCUGAUCUUGAGAAGAAUGGCAUGGUAGACUUGGAUGGCGGAAUUCUUCCUUGGUGAUGUUGAUCACGGCAACACUUACCGGUCCUUUUUACUAGCAUUAAGUACCUAAGCGCGCCAGAUGGCUUGCUUUUACUAAAGCUUCAGACACUGAACUUUACCCCCCUCAUUCUCUGUUG